ACUUUGAUAACAAAAAAAAACCCGAAAAAAAAAAACAACAAAAACAAUAAAAACAAAAACAUCGAUACGAGCGACAAAAUCAAUUUGAUGAGCGAACCGCCACGUGGACUCCCGCAGACCGUGCGCGGUUAUUAUCUGCAGGUAUAUGGAACAACUCUCGUCUUCAUAGUAUUCUCCGUGAUGAUGGUGCACUUCAUUGGCCAGAUACGUGCUGAUCCGUCCGAACGGAACAAUAUUCCUGCCGCGAUAUUUUUUGUGCUCGCCUUCAUCUCAUUCUGCAUCUAUGUGAACGUCAUGUGGCUGCGUCGCCACUUUCCAUACAAUUGGGUUGCCUGCAGUGCCAUUGCCCUGAUGCUCACCCUGGGCAAUGGAUUUAUACUGAUCGAACAGGACGAGGAGGAUCUGCUUGUGGUGCUGGAAAUCAUAAGCCUGAUGGUGGUCUUUCUGCUGUUGGGUUCUUGGCUGCCAUCGCGUUUUUCCGCGCUUCUAUAUAUAGGAUUUGUUUGGCUAAUUGUGGCGGUGCUGACGAUCUCGAUCCUACUAAUUGUAUGGGCAUGCAGUGAAGAUGAGAAUGAUCUUCCGCCUUACGUUGUCCAUGGCGUUUUGUGGAUUUGCAUGUGUCCAUUGCUGAUGUUUCAGGGCCAAGUGAUCAACGGCCUUCUCUGGAACUUGAAGCCCAUUUUCGACAUUCCCAUUUGCUCGGUCCUGUUGCUGAUCAAUUAUUUGGCCUGCUAUGCAUAUGUUGAUGCCACCCAAGACAUUAUAUUUGCCCUACAAAUAGCAUCCUCUUCCAAUAAGCGAGUCCUAUCCCGCGGAUUUGCCAAUAUGUAGAGCAAGCGGAUCGCUGACAAGGCCCAACGUAACCCAUAAUUCAAUUCAUUCAAAUCUAGCUAGUGAAUAUUUGUCGCAACAACUGUAAUAUGUUAUUAAAGCCAUUCUAAAAACUGGGCUAAGAAUAUAAAUAAAUGCUAGCGAUAGAACAUAUGCA